UUCCCUGUAAGUAUAGAGUAUAGUCCAUUUUCAUUCACUAGCCACGUAGUAAGUAGAGUCCAUUUGCACGAUUUGCACAGCCAGUUUGACACGGCCUGUGAAUAAACAUCACGACAUUAUUCACAGCUCAGCUAAACAUUUCAAUUCCAAAAGGCGCGCUCAAAUGCCCAAUAACAAAAAAGAAACUUUGAGUACUCUGUCUCUUGUGGUAUUUGUGGUGAACUUUGUAAAUGACAAGUGUAGCUGGCCAAUGAGUCAAAUCAGAAUGAAGUAGUAUUGCGAAAUACUGCAUAGUGUUCAGCUUGCGUUUGUUGUUUCAGUAUUUUGUGUGCAUCAUACAAUUUGCUUUGGUUAUGUUUUGCACAAAAUAAUUUUGAAUUGCAGUGUUCCUCACUUAACACAUAUAUCUAUAUAUUUAUAUUGAUGGGAUUAUGUUUACUCUUAAAAUGGAGCAAAUCAAUGACAACAUUGGUGUUUUUGGCUUGCUCAACACACUGAGUGAAAUCAUUGUGAAAGAGAACAACCCGUCUUUGACUGGUAAAAACCUCCUCAAGACUGUUAAUAAAGCACGAUCAUUAAUGUAUGGAAUCCUCUUAGGAAAGACUGAUGUCUCAGAGGUAUCGGCUUUAUCAAACAAACUCAAUUAUAUGAGUCCUACAUCAUGGCUAGUUGCUCAGAGGUUUAUCAUGAGUAGCACAGAUCAAGAAGUGGAAUCAAUGGAGCUUGAUGAUGCUAUAAAAGAGGCUUUAAAUUUUGGAUGGGAUGAUACACCUCAUCCAAUCCUCAAGACAUUAAUAUGUCUUACAAAUUCAUCAGUGCAAAAUUCUCAUAAAUCUCCCACAUACGAGCCAUUUUCUCUUUCACACAAACUACAACUAACAAGCUCUUUCGGGGGAACUAAAUAUGUAAGAUCCACCCCUAGGAUAUAUCCUUCUCCCUCCCCUGAUUUGUUCAAGCCUCCCCCUUGGAUGAGUCUCAACCACAGUGUUUCCCCAUUUGGUAGUUAUACUUUAACUACAUUUCCAUUCAAUAAAAAACCUGGGGAGGGCCUGCCUCUCCUAGAAAUGUUUGGAGGUGCGCAUCAGGCACUAUCAGAAAUGGGAUCACAACCUCUUUAUCAAAUUCGAUCCAUACCAGCCUUAACUGGACCUCCAGAUCUAACUCUACCUUCUAGUAUGGUUCAGUCAAAUUUUGAAGAUGAAGGUUAUUUCACUCCGCUGACUGAGGUUGCCCACCAAAAUCACAUUUCAUCACAGUUUGAAUAUGAGGAUUGCACUAAAGUUUGGUCUGAGGCAUUACAAGUUUCUUUACCAGAGUUGAAGUCAUGGGAAACACUGGGAAGUCUACUCACUCCAGUUGAGCCACCUUUUUUGUCUGCUGCUAAGUCAGACGCACUACAUCAUUUGUCUACUUUAGUCAAUGUGUUCCAAGAUGUGUUCAACCCUAAACAUUCAUGUGAUAAUGAACCAAUUUCACGAGAUGAUUUUGCUCAUGACAUUUUUCUCCUUCUCAGUGGCAUUCAGUCAAAAACCUUUCCUUUUGUUGAGGAAAAAGACUGUUUUAUUUUGCGAAGUGGGAUAUGGUUAGAAGGUUACUGUGUGGAUGAUACUUCAGCACUAUGCCAAGAUUUCAUAUUUUGUGGUACACACUUUAGACGUCUUGAAAAACUUUCUCAUUCUUCUGAUACAGCUGAGAGUAAUGGAUUAAUUGUACAGUCCUUAAUGGGCUGUGUUCAACGCUGGACCCAAUUUUACCAUGGUGCUGUCAUGAUUCUUUCUUCUCAUUUUAAAUCUAAGGGACAGCCCAUAUUAUUGUAUGAGGUAUUAGAAUAUGUGCAGGCUCUCAAGCAACAGGUUGAUUGCCUCUCAACUUUGUGUUGCACUAAUAGCUUCUCGGGCAGCAGCCUACAGUUGCCCUCUGGUGUUGCAUUGUUAGCCCACAUAUACAGAGAAGCAUGCAAACCAAACAGUCAACAAAGUCAUCUACUGUACUCUGCUCUGAAAGCUUGUUGUGAGGUUUAUUUACAGUGUCUUCAGAAAUGGAUCUUUUUGGGAGAAUGUCCAGACAAAACAGAGGAAUCCAAUGAAUUUUUUGUUCACAAAGACCCAGUUUUUUCAAGCAAACGUGACAGAUCUUUUUGGAUUCGUGGAUUUGUGUUGGAUAAGAAAACUGUACCAGUUUUCUUGCAGGGAUUAGAAGUAGCAGUUUUUGAUUGUGGUAGAGCAAUGAAUCUCUUACAAUUGUGCAGUCCCCAGCAUCCAUUAUGUUUGUUACUGGAAAAAAGACAUCCCAGUGUACGCUGUUGCUUGUAUAAGUCAGAUAUGGAGAGGGUUGACAAAGAAUGUGCUCAGUUUGAGGCCGAAGCUAAUGACUUAUGUGGAAAUUUGACAAAUGUUUCAAAGUUGUUGGAAGAAGAAAAGGAACUUGAAUCCAAGUUGCAUAUUUUGAUGACCAAGGCACAAAAAGAAAGAGCUAUUUUACGUGAAUCCAUGAAAAUUCAACUUGAUAAGGAAAGGGCUGAAAUGAAAGAAAAGCAAAAUGCUGUUCUGCGAGCUCAGAUAAUUGAAAUGCAACUACGUAAAGCUACAGAAAAGGAGCAGGAGCGAAUAAAAGAUGAAUUAUAUCUUUUGGAAUGUCAACGCCAAGAUUUUGCUGCUAGAGUGAUGGAGGAAGAAGAAAGAAAGAAAAUAUUAACACACUAUGAAGAGUUAGGGAAAAUUAUUGAUAAACAAAAUAACCACCGAGAGUGGCAAAUAAAGCGUUUAAAGAUGGCUGACAAGCGACAAGAAUUCCUGCUGGAAGAUAGUAUGAAUCUCUCGCGAGACUAUCAGCUGUAUGAGAAAGCCAAUCAAUCUGGUUUCAUCCUAGAUUUUGAUUUAUCUGUUUGUGAGCUACCAGCUCCGUUGAUUCCUCAGGUAGAUGCUUUACAAGCUAGGACUACAGCAUUGACAAAAGACACUAAUAUUGAAGAGGAAAGUAUGUUUGAACCAUUAUCAAUUAAAACUAAAGUUGAAGAGGAAAAUAAUGUUGAUGCAUCAACAAUAAACACAAAUAAUGAAGUGGAAACUACUAUUAAAACAAGAGAGCCCAUUGAGUUAUUUAAGAAAGCAUCUGAAAUAAAAGCUAAAGUAUUACAGAUUGAGUAUGGUUUGGAUUCAAGACAGUCAAGAUUGAAUUCCAAUGAAUUGUGUAGUUUGACCAAUGCUGCUGCCUCAGUUAGCCAUGCAGAUAAGGACUCUGCAGAGUCACUUAAUGUGAACAGGAGCUGCUCCCAGCCUAAAUUAAAAGAAGCUAAUAGUGUAUUCAGCUAUGAGUCUGACAAAGGAGAUACUAAACCCUUGGAUGCGGCGGACAAAUUAACUGACCUUAUGAAAAAUCGUCAGAGAGUAUUGACAGAAGAUGAUUGUUGGAAGUUCACAUCAAUUAAAAAGAAAGAAAGUACAGAUUCUGGAAUAAUAUUAGAAAGAGACCAGAACAGGCAGAAAAUUCUUGGAGAAGAUGCUGAUUUUAUGACAGAACUACAGCUUUCUAAUCCAAGUGUGACUCGCACAUUAACUACCGAAAGCCGUCCAAAACUUGCUUACUCAUCCGAUAUGAGUGAACUACAAGUAAAUAGGAGAAAAGUUCUUGGGGACUCUGGGGUAGGAACUCUACUUUCUACUACUGAUGAUACUAAUUCUCAAUCUAGUUUAAGCUGUAACAUCAAGGAAGAAGAUAAACUUUGCGAGGUUGAUAAGAUUUCUCCCUCUGAAUCCGUAAGACCAAAAAUGUUAUCUGUGUCAUCAGAGGUUCCUUCAGUGUCUCCUCUCAGCACACCACAUGGUGUUAUUAACAUGCCAGUGUUUACUAGUCCAUUCAAAGGUACCGAUAAUUUACCUAAUGGAUUACCUUUAGCUAGUCCCCUAGUUGAGUUCCGAUGUGAGAAAGCAACUGACUUUGAAGUUCAUGGAAUCCCUCUCAUGAUAGACAUAGCAGACAACCUCACUUUGAAAUGCAGUACAAGCUCAAUGAGUACUGAUGUUACUGAUUUUGAGGGGGAAAAGUACAGUUCUGAUACUGCUAAAUCACUCCCAAACACAUCAUGGUUGGACUCAUCUCUGCAGACAUGCCUUCUCCUUCCCUUGAGAGUUCAGUACAAAUUUGUUUCUGCAGCACUUCUAGAUUAUUUUUUAGUGGACUUGAAACUCCUUAGCCAUUUAAAAAGCUUACGGUCUUAUUAUCUUAUGCAAGAUGGAGAAUUUGGUCGUCACCUCACAGUGAAACUUUUCACUCAAAUGUAUCAGGUUGCAACACCUGAUAAAUUGUUCAACACACCUACCCUAAAUAGAGUGGUAAAGGAGGCUCUGGCAAGUUCUCAAGGCACAGCAGAUCCAAAUUCUAAUAGACUUGCUUUGGAUUGUGACUCUGUUCCUCGUCAUUUCUCACAUUCAUCACAUAAUGUACUCGAUUGUUUGACACUCUCUUACAAAGUCAAAUGGCCCUUGAAUUUACUGUUGACUCCUGAUGUUCUUGAGAAGUAUAAUGUUAUUUUUCUGUUCCUUGUACGCUUGAAACGUAUUGCAUGGCUUUUACAAGAAGACUUUGUUGCUCUGAAAAACACUGCUCGAGGUUGUUUUAAAGAACAAACAAGAGAUUUACUUAAUUCGCCCCAGUAUCAUCAGGUUCAAAUAAUUCGUCAUCACAUGAGUCAAUUUGUACAAGCAACACUGAACUAUGUAAGCAGCUGUGUGCUGCAUGCUAGCUGGUCUGAUUUUGCUGCAUCCCUUAAGCAAGCGACUACUAUUGAUCAUAUUUACAAUGCACAUAUAGAAUACAUCAAGAGACUUCUUAAAAGGUGCCUUUUGAACAAUAAUUCCAAACGAGUGGAAGCUGUGCUAUCAAAAAUCCUUGUCUGUAUUAUUAAAUUUCAUAGUUUCUUAAGAGUUAGACCUUGGCAAGUACCAAGCAAAAACCAAAGUCAACGAGGACAUACUUGUCAUUUAGAGCAUCCUAACUUUCAACAAUUAAGUGCAUGUGUGGUACACUUCAAGUUACAAGUGUGCAAGUUCGUAAGUUAUUUGGAAAGACUUAUAUCUCCACCAAAUCAACAGCAACACCUUGCCGAGUAUCUCCUGAUGUUAAACAUCAAUGGUUUCUACAAAUCAUCAGAAUAUCUCAAGCAUGCUGAAAAUGUACAAGACUCUGAUAUUAGAUCUGUUGUUAGCUCACAGUCAGCAAGUAAUAGAUAAUAGGCAGUAAGCUUUAAAAAAAUUAAUUUGGGGGGAGGGGGGGAUAUUAUACACAGGAGGCUUAUGAAUUUUCACUAAGAUGAAGCUGUGUAGCACUGCCACCAUGUAAUAAUCAAUCUGAUAUGCCAUAAUGUAUUUAACUGUAGUUUGUGCAUAAACACAUUAGUGCCUAAUUUCUUUGUACAAUUUAGUAUUAAUGAGUCAAGGGAACUUCUUGUUGAUUAAUAGUAACAUCUGUGAUAUACAACACAA